GUUAUUAAUCCUAUAAUAGCCAAAUUACUGUCAAUGCAAAAUGUUAAUACAAACGUUGGUAUUCACAACACUAGUGUCACUAGGGUUAACACUCAAGCCCUGCAUGGGACAGCAGCCAAGUACCACAGUGGAUCUAUACAAAAAGGAAUUUCACGAGAAUAUUAAAGUAUACCACGGAUCAUUCAGCAAUGGAGGCAAAUAUAAAAUGCUACGCACAACAGCUGAGUAUGCAAAGGAUAUACUAUACGACGGGUACUACAUAAUAUCAACGAGAGCUGAUUGUGGUGACCUGGCAGACAUUUUCAUAGAAGAGUAUAGACGCGAUCUAGAAGUCAUUGUAGGAGUUAUAUACGCUGGAGAAGAAGUUAAAAGACUAAUACAACGACACUACUUUGCUAAACGUGAUGGGUAUUUCGAAAGAGUGGAUCGUCAUGAUAAAAUGGUAUUCGUUGCAGGACCAAUGAAAGUGGGUAUCGAUAUGUAUCUAAAAGACUGGCAUACAGCAAUAGAUACUUACACAACGUAUAAGGGACACAGACCGCUGUAUUGGUACCUACUGUGCAAUUUUAAAGGAGACUACCGGUAUAAAACAGAAAGCCGUUAUUGGUUCGGCGAUGGUGAAUUCCAUAUAUCGCCCAUAACUAGCGUGGAUAAUGAACCAACUCCUGAAGGAAUGCCAAAAUCAGCACUCAUAGCCAAUAUAUAUGGAUUCCAUAAAACAGCCAACUUCUACACGUUCUCAAUGGAUUGUAGCUACGACACUUUAUACACCGUCAGGAUACCUAAAAAUGAAGAUGGUAUAUUCCGACCAAGAAAUAUAAACACUUAUCCGACAUCAUACCUAGACGUGCAUCUGCCUCCUUUAAAAGACAGAAGCACAACUAUUACCAUCGAUAUAUCCGAUAUAGUAGUCCACGCACCAGAAAUAAUAAUACUAAGCAAACUAAAAAAGGGAAAUUGGUUCUAUUCGCAACAUAGCAUUAUACCUAUCAAGAAUCCGGCAUAUGUAUCAGUUACAGUUGUAGAUGGAAUAAAUAAAUGUACCCUAUAUACACCAGUAGAUGACGAAUUUGUCACUUAUGUAGAAGUAUUCGAACAUGUAACAAACAGUAUGCAAUAUGUCGUAGUACACGCCCGUAAGGAGCUACCUGGAAGUACCAUUGAAAACCCAAUGUACAAACAUGACCUGAAGCUGUAUAAGCUUAGAAAUGUAGAAAAACCAGUAUCAUACAUCGAUUUUACCCAACUACGCCCAGAAGCAAUUCUCGAUCAUCUAUACAACAUACGAGUUGAACCCCUUGUACCUGGCAGUGCUAUUAGCGGUGCCAUCAAAACUUAAAACUUCAGGUCAGCUAAGGUGCUUA